AUGAGUGUAGUCAAUCAAGUACGUUUCGGUAACACAGGGAUGAAGAUAUCCCCCUUCAUCGUUGGGUGCAUGUCAUACGGUGACCGGAAGUUUCGUCCUUGGGUUCUAGAAGACGAGGAGAAAGUUUUCGAAAUUUUGAAGUACUGUUACGACCAUGGUGUCAGAACUUUCGACACGGCUAACGUUUACUGUAAUGGGGCAAGUGAAAGGUUGCUCGGUAAGUUCUUGAAAAAAUACAACAUUAACAGAGAAACGGUUGUCAUCCUGACAAAAGUCUACUUCCCAGUGGAUGAAUCUUUGGAGCCUUUCGACUUCACAGUCGGUGGUAAAAAUGAUCCAUUGACGGAUGUCACUCUUUCAAACCAGAGAGGGUUGUCAAGAAAGAACAUCAUUGCCAGCGUGGACAAAUCUAUUGAAAGAUUGGGCACGUACAUUGAUGUUUUGCAAAUCCACAGACUGGAUCAUGAAUGUACCGGGAAGGAGAUUAUGAAGGCAUUGAACGAUGUUGUCGAAUCAAACAAGGUUAGAUACAUUGGUGCGUCGACAAUGUUGGCAACCGAGUUUGUUGAACUUCAGAUGAUUGCAGACAAGUACGACUGGUUCCAAUUUGUUAGCUCCCAAACUGAAUACAGCUUGCUGUUCAGGGAAGACGAAAGGGAGCUUCUUUCUUACACAAAGCGGAACAAUCUUGCUGUUCUUCCAUGGUCUCCUAACGCACGUGGUCUUUUGUGUAGACCACUAGGUACUAAAACUGAAAGAAGUACCACUGAAAGCCGGAUGCUACUAAAUAUGUCGGAAAGUGACAAACUUAUUGUUAAGAGAGUUGAGGAGCUCGCAAAGAAGAAAAACGUGUCAAUGGCGAUGAUUUCUGAAGCCUGGGUGAUGAGUAAGGGCUACCAACCUAUCAUUGGGUUCAGUUCUGUCGAGAGAGUGAAGGAAGCGAUCGAGGCCACUAAAAUCGAGUUGACUGAUGACGAAAUCAAGUAUUUGGAGGAACCAUACCAGCCAAAAAAGUAUGCCAUUGUGACCUGA